AUGUCACUGGGGUUGGUCCUACAAAAUUGUGGCCGCUUUCUCAAAUCCUCCUAUGUGUCGUGCAAGUUGUUGCUCACUUUUCUCCGUCAUGCCCUCGAUUCCAGGUCCCAAGUCACUCUCGUGAAUCCCGAGCCUAUAACGGAACUCGUGUUGACGAAGAACAGUGCGCUCAACACGCUACUGCUAUACAAGGGCAAAGCGCGGUACCAAGUGGCCACGGUCGAUGCUAACGCCGCUCGCACUACCAUCACGGACGUGCGGUCCGGCGAGCUAUUGGCGGAGAUUAAGCGCCGAACUUUUCACUCAGACACGGUCAAAUUCACGCACUUUUUUGACGGUAAAGCCGUCAAGAUAAAGGAAUGGCUCAGGGAAGAAAAGAUGGCUAAUGGACACAAGAGAUGGAACAUCGAAUCUUCAGCUGGGAAUUUCUCCUGGAGGAAAGACGUUACCCGGAGGUUAGCGCUAUGUCCUAGUCAUAACAUGGAGAGCCCUAUCGUGUGGCUCCAACUGCCAACGAAAGAGAAGCCCUACGCUCUCGUUUUCAAGGGCGGGGUGGAGAGUUUUGUUGCUCAAAUUCUUGCGGCAUUCGUCAUUCUCGAGCAAGAGAUAAGACUGGAGGAGAAGGAGUUCUUCAGGGCCGACGGAUUUGUUUGUGAUGAACGUACUCUUGCUGGGAUGUACGUCGACACCGGCAACUUCAAUCGUAGAUAA